UAUUGUUUUUUGUUUUUGUUUUUUGUUUUUUGCAGGACAAAAGACACGGAGGGAGCAGAAAAACAGCUCUGAGGUUGUUUUUCCCAUGCCCAGAACAUUUAAAGGGGCCCCAGUCAUUAACAAUCAGCCCUGUGUAAAUGGGACUCAGGCUUCCUUUCUAAAUUAUUCCCCUCCAGCUCUGAACUUGCUCAACAACAGCACAGUGCGGUACCUCGGUGGUUCUCUGAGCACCCGAGUCAUUCCCAUUAUUUACAUGUUGGUGGUUACAGUUGGGAUUCCAGCCAACGUCAGUAUCUUGUGUUUGCUAGUGACUAAAAUCCGAAAGGUGUCUUCUGCCAUCCUCUACUGCAGCCUGGCUGUCUCCGACCUCUUCCUCCUCCUCUCCCUCUUCUUUAAGGCUCACUACCAUUUCCAUGGAAACCACUGGGUUCUCGGAGAGACUGCUUGUCGAGUUGUUACGGCAUGUUUCUACGGCAAUCUCUACUGCUCGCUACAGACACUGGCUUGCAUCAGCAUCGAAGCGCACCUUGCUGUGGUGUACCCGUUCCUGUACAAAAGUAUGCCCAAGAGAAUGUGCGCUGCCUGGGUGAGCCUGGCUCUGUGGGGGGUGUUUGGUGUCGCCAUCAUCCCAGAGCUCAUCGUCCAGCAGAGCUACUGGCUCCCUCAGCUCAACCGCACAACCUGCCAUGAUGUGUUGCCCCUGGAUCACAGCUCUCACAUGUUUCUACUCUACUAUCACCUGAUUCUUAUCAUCUUUUUUCUUGUGGUGCCUCUGGUUGUUAUAGCUGUGUGUUUUGCCCGAAUCAUCAACAAGCUCACAAGGUCACAUUUUGACUGGGUGACGUACAUCAAAGCAAGCACACUGGUGUUUAGUAUCUUCCUGGUGUGCUUUGUCCCCCCUGGAGUCCUACACUUUGUCCAUUAUGUCCAACUGUUUGUGGAUGGAACAGAAACUUUGUAUGUGUACUUUAAUGUGGCAGUGUGUUUGUGCUGUGUCCAUGCCUGUCUGGAUCCCUUCCUUUUCCUUUUCAUGUCCAAGGCUGCACAGUCUAGGUUUCAUUUUAAAACUUUCAAGAGAAAGACACUGAGCAGUGUCUUGUUAACACGUAACACGUAGACUAAGGGUUAGCAAUAAGUAAUUAUGACUUUUUAUUUUUGUAGCCAAUCAUGAGGAAAAUGAUUCUCCUUGGUUGCUAUCCAAAGAGAAAUCAAAAAUACCUAUUCUAUUCAUUUAAAACUUGCAGUUUACCUGAACCUGAUUUUAUCUUUGUUUAGUUUAUGUGUGUGAGACACAUAUACAAUUGGAUAUUAAAAAAGAAAGCACUAACAGGCCAAUUUAUUAAGAACAGCUUACUAGUACUGAAAUUGACACCAUUUUGCCUCCAGAACGCCUUUAAUUCUUCAUGUAAUAUGUUCAGCAAGGUGCUGAAAACAUUCCUCAACAAUUUUGUCUAUAUUGACAUGAAAGCAUUAUGCCGUUACUACAGAUUUCUCAGCAGCACAUCCAUGAUGCAUGAUGUGAUUAGCCAAGAAGUUAUCUAUUGCUAUUAAAAACUAGCACAAAUCAAUCAACAUGAGUGACCUAAAUCUUGCUAAGAGUAAACCUAACUUGAUAAUAUACUUGUUUUGUUGCAUAAAUAAUAAAGAAAAUAUCCGA